CUGGCCCUGGCGCUGGCGCUGGCGGGGUCCCCGGGCGAGGGGCAGCACUACGAGUACUACGGCUGGCAGCCCGAGAGCCAGCCCCACGGGCGCUUCUACGGGCGGGAGCCGCAGUGCCUCGACAUCCCCCCCGACAUGCAGCUCUGUCGCGACGUGGGCUACAAGCGCAUGCGGCUGCCCAACCUGCUGGAGCACGAGAGCCUGGCCGAGGCCAAGCAGCAGGCCAGCAGCUGGGUGCCCCUGCUAGCCAAGCAGUGCCACACCGACACCCAGCUCUUCCUCUGCUCCCUCUUCGCCCCCGUCUGCCUCGACCGGCCCGUCUACCCCUGCCGCUCCCUCUGCGAGGUGGUGCGCGACUCCUGCGCCCCCGUCAUGGAGUCCUACGGCUUCCCCUGGCCCGAGAUGCUGCACUGCGCCAAGUUCCCCUCCGACCACGAGCUCUGCAUCGCCGUCCAGUUUGGGAACAGCAAGGUCACCCCACCGCCAGUGUCCAAGAUCUGCACCCAGUGCGAGAUGGAGCACAAGGCAGACGGCAUGAUGGAGCAGAUGUGCUCCAGUGACUUCGUGGUGAAGAUGCGCAUCAAGGAGAUGACAGAGGAGAACGGGGAGCGGCGGCUGGUGGCCGCCCAGAAGAAGAAGGUGCUGAAGCUGGGCCCGCUCAAGCGCAAGGACACCAAGAAGAUGGUGCUGCACAUGAGGAACGCGGGCGCCUGCCCCUGCCCCCAGCUCGACAGCCUCAGCGGCAGCUUCCUGGUGAUGGGCCGCAAGGUGGGCGGCCGCCUGCUGCUCCUCGCCAUCUACCCCUGGCAGAAGCACAACAAGGAGAUGAAGUUCGCCGUCAAGUUCAUGUUCUCCUACCCUUGCCCCCUCUACCACCCCCUGCUCUAUGGGGCCGGGCAGCACUAGGGCUCUGCCCACCCUGCCCCAGGACUCCUGCACUGGCCUGACACUGCACCCCAGCUGUAUCCCUGGUUGUACCCCAGGACCCCAGCUCUGCUGCCCUCAGCCCCUUGACUGUGCCCCAGGACCCUGCUCUGCGCUCCCAGCAUUCCCAGACACAUUCGCAGGAGCCUGGAUCCACAGCCAGGACCCCUGCCCUGUCCCAAGAGCUCUGCUCUUCACCCCCGGGACCUCUGCUCUCCUCCAAGGAUCCCUGCCCCCACCCAGGAGCUAAGGCUGCACCCAGGACCCUUGCUCUGCAUGCUUGUGAGCAUCCCCUUGGCUACCCCCAAGCCCUCUGCCCAGCACCCCAGGGACCUUUGCAUGCACUUAGAAUCCCUGCUUGGCCCUCUUGGGACCCUUUGGUUGCACCCGAGACCCCUGCCCUGUGUCCCCAGCCCUAGACCCCUCCAUUCCCUGCUCCAGCCCAAAGCAUCCCACACCCUCACCCCAGCCCUGGAUUAUCCCACCUUCGCGGGGAUAUACCCCAGCCAAAGAGGGUCUCUCCUGCCCCACUCAAGACCAGAGCAGCACAGCCCCUGUCUGGGUUCUCCCACCCUCCCCAUCCCAGAUGGCUCAGUGUCCACUUCCCAGCCCCUCCAGCCCAGCCCAGCCCAGCCCUGCUGCAUCCCUCACAUCCCUCGCCAAGGCACAGCCCAGGCACCCUUUGCCCAUCCACAGCGCAGUAAAGUACGUCACCUCAGAGAA